AUGGCGGAGGCGGCGCCGCCGAAGCUGCUCUACAUUGCCGUCGCCGACGGCGGCGGCCGGCGGGCGUUCCGGUACACGCGCCCCGUCCUGCAGAGCACCCUCCAGCUCAUGGGUUGCAAGGCUCGCCACGCCUUCAAGAUUAGCAAGAAAGUAUUCAGUGUGAUGAGGAGUGAAUUCUUGGAUGCAUCGAGGUCGGAUAGGGCUGUCAAAGAAGAAAAUGCUCCUAGCCUGGGCAUUGGGGAAGAUGCUAAUAUGCUUAGCACAGAAAUUCCAGAUGCAAGUAGCAGCAGCAUGCCCUUCGAAUUGUACAAGACACAGACAACAAUUCUUAUUUCAAGAGAAAAGUUUCUGAAUAUUGUGUGUGAUGCACUCUCUUCUUACAAGUAUGUUGGACCAAACCAGAAGGCUGACUUGCUUCUUGCUUGCAGAAUUAAGGAGAAAAAGGAAUCAGUGACAGUACUCUUGUGUGGGACAAGCGGGUGUGGCAAGUCCACUCUAUCAUCUUUGUUGGGUAGUAGAUUGGGCAUUACGACAGUAGUUUCUACUGAUUCCAUACGCCAUAUGAUGAGAAGCUUUGCGGAUGAAAAGCAAAAUCCUCUUCUCUAUGCAUCAACCUACCAUGCAGGCGAAUACUUGGACCCUGUUGCAGUUGCUAAGUCAAAGGCAAAGAAGCUAGCAACGGUUUCUCAUACCAAUGGAGGCAAAGAUGGCACUUCAGAUGUUAAAUCUCAUCAUGGCUCCUCAGAUUUACCUCCUAGAACCGAGUUGAUUGGCAACAAACAAAUGGCAAUAGAAGGGUUCAAGGCGCAAAGCGAGAUGGUCAUUGACAGCCUGGACAGAUUAAUUACAUCAUGGGAGGAGCAGAAGCGAUCUGUUAUUGUUGAAGGAGUUCAUUUGAGCCUCAAUUUUGUGAUGGGGCUAAUGAAGAAACAUCCUUCCAUAAUACCAUUUAUGGUAUACAUUGCAAAUGAGGAGAAGCACAUGGAGCGAUUUGCUGUACGUGCAAAGUACAUGACAUUGGACCCGGCAAAGAACAGAUAUAUCAAGUACAUCCGGAAUAUCAGGGCUAUCCAGGAAUACCUUUGCAACCGAGCGGACAAGCAUCUGGUGCCUAAGAUUAACAAUACUAAUGUUGACCAGAGCGUGGCAGCCAUACAUGCCACAGUUUUCAGCUGUCUUCGUCGACGAGAAGUUGGGGAGCAGUUGUAUGAUCUCAACACAAACACUGUUUCUGUGGUGGAUGAGGAAUACAGGAACCAGCGUGCAUCUAACUCCUUGGGUUCCAAGGGCAUGUUCCAGUUCAUUCAAAGGAAGGGGUCUUCUAGGAAUCUGAUGGCUCUCCUUAACCCUGAUGGUUCAGUCACCAAGGCUUGGCAUGUAGAUUCAUGUGACGGCAAUGCCAAUGGCAGUAGAAGCAGUGAUAAAUCAGUAGGAAAGGUUAACCCAUCACACAUUGGGAAGGUAGAGUCAGUAAAUCUCCAAUUUGGUUCCUUCGGGAUUAGUGCGUGGCUGAGUGAUACAGGUGGCACCAGCCAUACUGGGAGUGUAGAUGACCUGAGGGCUGAUGGCAUUGAGACAGGCGGUAGAUACUUCUCCUCAUGCUGCAGCUCGCCAAAGACAUCAGAUUGCGCAUCCAAAGAGCAUAUGGAGGAUUAUUCAGUCUAUGGUAGUGAAGAAGAAGCUGACAACCCACCUGAUGCUGAAACUGAUGAGGAUCUAACUGAUGAAGAAAGAGAUGUUCAUGAGGUAAUUGAAGCGGGCUCGGUCGACGAGCAUUCCACCAAGUCUGACGAGGAAUACGACGACCUAGCCAUGCAGGACGUCAUGGAGAACGGUAACUGCUCCGACGAUGACGACGAGCAAGCUGUGCGGUUCAGCAAGAGGAGCUCGCCGCCUCUGGAUGAGAGCAUCCUCGGAGCAGCUGACGGUGAUGAUGCCGUGGUGGAGGGAAGGUACCACCACAACCUGGACUUCUUCACGAUAUCCAAGGACAUGGCUGUCACGCGGAUGCCGUGCGCGUGA